AUGUCGAAGGAGGUGACAGUCGACGCGGAGCAGCAUGUGGCCAAGGACUACACAGACCCGCCGCCGGCGCCGCUGCUGGACCUGGGCGAGCUCCGCCUGUGGUCGUUCUACAGGGCCCUCAUCGCCGAGUUCAUAGCUACUCUCCUCUUCCUCUACGUCACCGUAGCCACUGUCAUCGGCCACCUUAAGCAGACCGAGGCUUGCGGCGGUGUUGGCGUCCUGGGGAUCGCUUGGGCCUUCGGCGGCAUGAUCUUCGUCCUCGUAUACUGCACCGCCGGCAUCUCCGGUACCUGAUCUCUCCUCCCCUCGCCGACUCCUCUUCGCUCCUGUCACUCCGGCGACUGUCUAAGCGUGCUUUGCGCAGGUGGCCACAUCAACCCGGCGGUGACCUUCGGGCUGUUCCUCGCGAGGAAGGUGUCGCUGCUGCGGGCCUUCCUCUACAUGGUGGUGCAGUGCCUGGGGGCCAUAUGUGGGGUGGGUCUGGUGAAGGCCUUCAUGAAGAGCCCCUACAACUCCCUCGGCGGUGGUGCCAACGUGGUGAAUCCCGGCUACUCUAAGGGCACGGCCCUCGGCGCAGAGAUCAUCGGCACCUUCGUCCUUGUCUACACCGUGUUCUCCGCCACCGACCCCAAGCGUAGCGCCCGCGAUUGCCACGUUCCGGUAUGAUCCUCUGACACGACGGUGCCUGUUUAGUCUCCUUCUUGCUGGUUUCCUUCUUCCCCCGCCUGCAAAAUGUGUUCUCAGCUGUUCUUUGUCCUGUAGGUCCUGGCUCCCCUUCCAAUCGGGUUUGCUGUGUUCAUGGUGCACCUGGCCACCAUCCCCAUCACCGGGACGGGCAUUAACCCGGCGAGGAGCUUCGGCGCCGCUGUCAUCAUCAACCGGGGCAAUGUCUGGGACGAUCAUGUGCGCUUCACCCUCUCUCUCUCUCUCUCUCGCUGGUUGAGCACCAAACAUCCAACGUUCUAACCCUGUCUAUGUCUACUCUGUUCUUCGUUGGAGCAGUGGAUCUUCUGGGUUGGGCCCUUCGUCGGCGCUCUCGCCGCCGCAGCGUACCACCAGUACAUCUUGAGGGCGGCGGCACUCAAGGCCUUGGGCUCCUUCCGCAGCAACCCCCGCAACUGA